GCCGAGGUUACGCAAGCCGAGCUGGGGUGGUUGGGGGAGGCGGGUGGGACUGAGGGGAUGGGCUGGCCGGUCCUUACCACCCCAUCCGGCGCCUGCCCGCCCUCCGCAGGGCGGGGAAAGGGUGGGCCAGCUCCCCUGAGCCCCUGGGGGAACGGGCUGGGGGGGAGGAGGGUGGUUUGUGUGAGAUGGGGGGCGGUAGCGGCCACAGCACAACCUCCAGAGGUGACCGCCUGGUUUCCAUUAAGGAACCCUGGUCAGCAGUUCGGGCGAGACGGCAGAGCGGGGCUGGCUAUGCGACUGAGCCUAUUGCUGCUGCUCCUGCUGCUGCCCGGCCUCCCACCCACCCUUGGCAUGGAGGAUGAUGCCUCCUUUCCCCACCUGGGGGAGAGUUCCCAGCCCCCACCCCGGGCCUGCCCCCCACGCUGCUCCUGCCCCCGGCCCGACACGGUGGACUGCGACGGCCUGGACCUCCGGGUAUUCCCGGACAACAUCACCAGGGCUGCUCAGCACCUCUCCCUGCAGAACAACCAGCUCCAGGAGCUCCCCUACAACGAGCUGUCACGUCUCAGCGGACUGCGGACCCUCAACCUCCACAACAACCUCAUCUCCUCUGAAGGCCUGCCCGACGAGGCCUUCGAAUCGCUGACACAGCUGCAGCACAUCUACGUGGCCCACAACAAGCUCUCUGUGGCCCCCCAGUUUCUGCCCCGCUCCCUCCGGGUUGCUGAUCUGGCUGCCAACGAAGUGACUGAGAUCUUCCCGCUCACGUUCGGGGAGAAGCCAGCGCUCAGGUCCGUGUACCUCCACAACAACCAGCUGAGCAACGCCGGCCUGCCCCCUGACGCCUUCCGCGGCUCCGAGGCGGUGGCCACCCUCAGUCUCUCCAACAACCAGCUCAGCUACGUGCCGCCCAGCCUGCCGCCCUCGCUGGAGCGGCUCCACCUGCAGAACAACCUCAUCUCCAAGGUGCCCCGAGGAGCCCUGAGCCGCCAGACCCACCUCCGUGAGCUUUACCUUCAGCACAACCAGCUGACAGACAGUGGCCUGGAUGCUACCACGUUCAGCAAGCUGCACCGCCUGGAGUACCUGGACCUGUCCCACAACCAGCUGGCUGAGGUGCCCGCUGGCCUGCCCCGCACCCUGGCCGUGCUGCAUUUGGGGCGCAAUCGCAUCCGCUGGGUGGAGGCGGCCCGGCUGGGCGGCCUGCGGGGCCUGCGCUACCUGCUACUGCAGCACAACCAGCUGGGGGCCACGGGGCUGCCAGCUGGAGCGCUGCGGCCGCUGCGGGGCCUGCACACGCUGCACCUCUAUGGCAACAGGCUGGACCGAGUGCCCCAGGCGCUGCCCCGCCGCCUGCGGGCCCUGGUGCUGCCCUACAACCGCGUGGCCGCGCUGGGCGCCCGUGACCUGGCCUCCACGCCUCGAUUGGCUGAGCUCAACCUGGCCUACAACUGCCUGGCCAGCGCCCGCGUGCACCUCCGGGCCUUCCGCCGGCUGCGGGCCCUGCGCAGCCUCGACCUGGCUGGCAACCAACUGACCCAGCUGCCCUCCGGCCUGCCCGCUGGCCUGCACACCCUUCGGCUGCAGCGCAACCAGCUGCGGGCCCUCGAGCCAGAGCCGCUGGCUGGCCUGCACCAGCUCCAGGAGCUCAGUCUGGCACAUAACCGCCUGCGUGUGGGUGACAUCGGGCCUGGCACCUGGCAUGAGCUGCAAGCCCUGCAGGUGCUGGACCUCAGCCACAAUGAGCUGUCCUUCGUGCCCCCUGACCUACCCGAGGCCCUGGAGGAGCUGCACCUGCAGGGCAACCGCAUCGGCCAUGUGGGCCCUGAAGCCUUUCUCAGCACACCACGCCUGCGUGCCCUCUUCCUCAGGGCCAACAGGCUUCACAUGACCAGCAUCGCACCUGAGGCCUUCCUGGGCCUCCUGCACCUACGCGUAGUGGACACGACGGGGAACCCCGAGCCAGUCUUGGUCCGCCUGCCGCCCACAGCCCCACGUCGGCCACGGGCAGCGGGCCCCUGA